CUUUGACGUCAUUUCCUGGAGAUUUUCAAUAUGGCGGAGUAAACAAAAUUUUUACAGAAAAGAAGGAUAUUCAGAACCUUAAAUAUUUAUGAAAUGUAACUGAACCAUUAAAUUGGCACACAACCUUUAGCAGCAAAAAUGACAGCCAUUGCUAGUCUUUUGAGCAAUGCUAAGCACACUGCUAUAGAUGAGGUGGAAGCAGAGGAGGAACCUUUGAGCAAGCAGUUGGAGAUUUUGAUGGAAAGACGUCGUCAGGAAGAAGUCAGAAAGGCGCGCUAUCAUUGGUCCCUUCUUCGCAACUCCAUCAAGAACACAAUCACUGCCGUCAAGGAAGCUGACACCAAAAAUGUUCUUAUUUCUCACGGAAUUCACCAUCAGAGAAAGAUAAACCAUUCUACAGAACUGAAACAAGUUUUGUUUAUUAAAGAACUAGAUGAGUACCUGACGACAGAUGGCCAGUGUGUGCGACUGUUUAUGUCCGAUGGGAGGAAGAAGAAGACCUAUGCCCUAGAGGAACCCAUGGACCAUGUAUCCUACUGCCCUGCCUUCAGGCAGUUUGUUGGCUGGAUCACUGGUGAAGAUGAGCUCUUUUUGAUGACCAAUGAGUUUGACAUAAUCUCGCAGUCUCGAGCCCCCAGCACGAUAGUUCUGGCAGAGUAUAACUGGCACACCCACGAAUAUAUCACAGUUGGGCCUGGAUACUUCACAACAUGGGCGUUCAGAUACGGUGCUCGCCACUUGAUUCCACGCAAGAUGAAUCGCACCGACUUUAGGGAACACAACAUGUUCUCACACAUGGUCUUAGAAGGAACUGCAAGUCGUUCACAGAAAAUAUUCCUGUCUGUGCAGACAUCUGUGGUGGUGUACAAUGUAUUUGAAGGCAAACUGUUGUCAUACAAGAAAAAUCUUCAUGAGCGAGACAUUACAGCCUUAACCUUCUUCAACCCUCUGAAGUACCUUGUGACCGGUGCCUUGGAUGGAACAAUUAAGAUCUGGGACCACAAAUGGCACGUGCAGAUGGUGUUUGUGGGUCACACAAAUAAGAUCACCUCGCUGGACAUCUACCCACAUGGCUCCGCAAUAAUCUCUGCCAGUACUGACUGCACAAUUCGUGUCUGGAACCUUGACACAUGUGAUGAGGUGGACAGAGCGACAUUGCAGACUCCAGUUGAGGGCCUAUGUACCACAUUGGACUAUGAUACGUUCUACACAUUCUCAGGGCAAACAGUGGACCUGUGGCAGAUACAGCACCUGUUCCACAUUCAUACCUCUGUGGGUCAACGAGUGAUCAAGAUCCAGCAGACGACUCAUCCCAACUUUACGCCGCGAUCCAUCGUGAUGAGCCGGGACAGCAGCGUGAGACUCGUGUCCCCAGUGUCUGGGGACGUCCUCACCACGCUCCUCCUGAACCCAAACAGAGGCCUCAUAGAUGUGGCGUACGCUAUAGAAUCUGAGACGAUGUUCUGUGUUUUAUCCAAUGGGGCCAUAUUGAAAGUACGGACAGACACAAAUCCAUGUCGCGUUGUGGACACAUGGCAUUGUGAGGAUCAAGAGAAAGAGGCCUGUAACUAUUUGUUUGUGUAUGAAUAUGUGGUGGACAUUGAGUUAAAAACUGACAUGUGGGGAGCCAUUAAGCGCGGUGCAACCACAAAAGCUCUGAAUAAGCCUGAUGAGGAGGAUGACAACGAAAAUGAAGGCAGAAAGAGUGCAGCAAUAAAGAAGAAUAACAGGACUCUGUUGCUAGGUGGAAGAAAAGAUGGCUACAUUUGUGUGUUUGAUUGGGAGUCUGGAAAAGUGACCUUUAAAAUUGAUGCCCAUGGUACGAAGGGAGUGAUGAGCAUGAUUGCCAAUGCCAAGGUUGAUCAGCUCAUUUCAGCAGGCAAAGACAAUGUGAUCAAAGUGUGGCGGGUGUACCCGUUUGUCCAGGAGGCCCUAGCUCCAUUGAUGUCAUUCUUUUGUGCCCAUCUCCCCUUGCACAUGACGAUGAUCAAAACAAACCUCUGUGUAGCGUUCCAGGAUCACGCUACAGCAACGUACAGCGUCGUAAUGUAUAAUCUCCGAGACAGAAAUAUUGGUUUUGAGACCCAGUUGGAUGCGUUGGAUCGCAGUAAUCGCUAUGACCACGAGCCUGGGGAAGACCACACUGAGUCCAUAACGGGACUCAGCGCGUGCUCGAGACUGAAACUCUACGCCUCGAGCAGUCGAGACGGCACCAUACGCAUCUGGAACGAGACUAACUUGCUGGUCAGGUUGCUGCAGCUAAAGGCUGUCCCCCACAGUGUCAGCUUCUGCAGCACACGCGGCGACCUCCUGGUUGGCAUUGGCAACCACCUUCACAGGAUACCUCACUAUGCUUAUAUGCCAAGAGCGUACUUGUUCCGCAUGGUUUCCAUGAAGUUUGGCUCACAAAAGAAGGAGCUGCCAAUGCCUGAGGAUCCCAGUCUGACGUCGAAGCUAAACAAGAACGACCUGUCACGCAUGAAACAAUCUCACUCAUCAUUCCAGUACACAACUUUCAGUGAUAUUCUUAGCCCUGAGGAGCUCGAAGAAAUAAAUAGGGAAAGAAUCAUCAAAGAGAAAGCGUUUGCCCUCUUGAAGGAACGCGAAGAUGAGCUGGAAAAGAUUAGAGAUGGCGAACUGAUAUCACAAAAAAAACCUAAGGCUACUGCAAGGACUAAGAAAGUUGCCUUCCUCCAGUACAUGAAAAUGUUCUAUGAUAAACCAAAGCCUACGAUCCCAAGGGAUGAUCCCUUCCCAGAUGACACGUUAAAGGAGGCAGUGAAGGAACCCGAGCAACCAGAACCUGAGGCAUAUAAACCUGAAAAAGAGCCAACUGGUUUCUUCCCACCGGCAAAAGAAGCCACUCGCCCGAAACCUCCAGAAGACUCUCCGCUGAAAGCUGCAUACCCGCUGCGUCCAAGUGGUUUUGUACCAAACUCGAUCCUGAUCAAGCUACUAUGGCCGCAGGAGGCCAAGGACAGAAUGCAGAGGAAAAAACAGGUGGAGUGGAAGCUGCCAUCAUUCUCAGAGGAACAACUUGCAGCCAUUAAUAAGGUCAAAAAGGAGCGGGAAAUGCAAGAAUUAAUGGAAGCAAAAAGGCUUAGCAUAAGCCAACAAAAGCCGGUUAAGCAUGUAUCGUUUAGCAAGGACGAAGGUGACGGUGAGGAUGUUAUAUUGGACAUGGAGGAAGAGUUUGAUGAUCGCAUCAUAGAGAUGGACUGGCGUGAUGAGGAAGCAGAGAAACAGGCUGCUAGUCCGAACAUCUUCGAUGAGCCAACAAAGACCUCCCCCCACAAAGAGAAGAGUAAGGUGUCAGAUGCGCCAAAGAACAAGUUUGCCGAGCUCAUGUCAAAAACACCAACACCAAGGCCUGAAGAGCCAGAGGAAGAGCCUUCUGCCCUCUCCAAAGGCAGCACCCAGGUUGGCAAAGAGCCAACAAUGGACUCUGUACGCUCACAAGAAAGCAAGCAGGCGUCCGAUGUCAAGGCCCCUCUGACACCGCGGGAUAUUAAGCCCCGGAAACCCAUCGAAAAGCUCAUAUCAAGGCCACCCCCUCCCCCACCCAAGCCGAAAUCCCCUCCCCUUCCUCCUCCAGUGGCCCAGACGUUGUCCACGACUGACACCAAGCCCAGAAAGGCCCGGAGCCCUUCCCCCAUACCUGUCACAGACUCCACCCCACCCCGUCCGCGACCUUCCUCCCCUCUCCCUGGCUUCAUUACUCAGUUCAAGGGGGUUGACUGGUUUGAGAAGUUCUUUCCAAACUGCAAUGAGCAGAGUCUUCCCAAGCCCUGGUCCCUGGAGAACUUUGUUUCUCACCUGGUGAAGCUACUGAAGACUGCGGACUACAAGUUCAAGAAUGCCAUUGUGGAUGCCCUGCUCAUGUUGCAUGCCCAGGACGAGUUCGCUGACAACCUGGCCCACAUGGUCAUAAAGGGAAUGUCAGCGGUUCUGAACCACCAGAAGGACUACCCAACCUGCAUGAUGGAGGAACAACGCAGCUUUAUCCUGCUCUGUCUCAAGGCCCUACAGAAGCUGUCUACCAGCCCAGACAAGGAGUUUGUCACAGAGCUGCUCGUACAGUUCCUGGACGGAGACAAGGAAGUCAGGACCAUGGUGAACGCCAUCCUGACAUCUGCAGGUCUCCAGGACCCGCACAAGUUCCUGCCAAAGGAGCUCGACUCCUGGGACAUCUGGAAUGUGGAAGAGGACGACCGCAAGUCUGACCUGCGUAAGAUGUCACACCAGUGGCUGGAUAGAUGGAUGACAUCCUACAAGCUGCACCUGGAGGAUGCUAUAGAUCGCAUGAAGAAGGGGCAGAACAUCCACGGGCGUCUGUCCAAGGAGCAGUUGAGGAAGGGGUCCAUACCAGGGGGCAAGGGCAUCCUUAGGAGAACUGUGGGCACAGGUACAGACCAGGACCAGGAGACGGUCACCACGCUGGACACAAGAAAAGGGGUCACAGUGACCUUUGACAAGCCCCCAGACCCAUCUCUCAUAGACAACGCCACCUACAUAGAUGCUGUCAACUACUUCUGCGACAUGAUGAUGGAAAAGGAGCUGGACUCGAUGAAGGCGUCAGGGAAACGGCUGCCAGGGUCGAAGGAGAAUGUUGUGCAGGCUAAGAACACUGUGCUCGUGCUGCCUAAGAUUCCACACAAGCCCAGUUUGGUACGUCUUGGUGAGACUCACACAAGCCACUGUCGGCCUCAUCGCGAGACCAAUCUUCAUGUUGACUAUCGCAUGCCUCCAAUGACAUCACGAGGGUAUCACCCCUUCCCAGGCCAGAUCAGUGGCUUUGUCAACAGCAUAAACUUACCCAUGAAACCUCUCAUGCUGAAUCCAUUCCACAACAAACUGGAUGAAUUUGAUGCAAGAUUCCAGGAACCUGUGUUGAUAACACUGAGAUCAGCGCAGAAAUACUUUAUACCGUCCCAGUCUAUUGUGGCCCAGGAUGCAAUUGCAGCUGCAUUGUGAUUGGUCAGAUGGAGCGAUUCUCAAGAUUUUUAAUGGACUGGAUAUAAAAAUUAUAACAUCAAAAGAAGCAUGCAGGUGGUUUGUUAUUAAAAUGUUUUAUUAUGAUAGAGAAUUAUCCUAUUUUUCAAUACUUAUUUCCAAAAAUAAUAUGGAAAGUAAUGAAGGUAUAUGUAUGUACUUGAAAUAAGGAAUACAAAUAUCAUAUUUCCUUAUAAUCUUGAAGAUACUGAGAUGCAUUUAUUUGAAAUCAGUAUUUGCAUAAAUUAUGUUUUUUUUUUAAUUAAAUGAUUAAUUGAUAUGAACUAUAUUUAGGAUUUCAUAUCAACCAUUUCUAUAUUUUUUAUAACAUGAAAUGCAAUUUUUUUCUAGGGAAAUGUUGUAUGGAAUGUAUUUUAUAUUGAUUGUAAAUAUUUUUUUCUUAAGUAAAGAUACUUGUCUUAUUUGAAACUGAUGCAAAAUUUAAAAAUGUUUGUUGUAUUUGUCCAUUUUAUAGUUUUAUCAUUAGUUAGUUAAAGACCAUUGUACUUCAAUGUUUCACAUAUUAUAAAAACGAGAACAAUUGUAUUUGCCUUAAUGAGGUGAAGUGAAGUACAAUUUUACUAUUUGCUUAUUGUAAAAUAUACCAAAUUGUUCCUCAGAACAAAAUAUCUGAGUAUUGGUUGACAUAUUUUUCAUUGAAUUUAGUUUAUUUGUCAUGUCUUUGUUACUUAACUGUGAUAUUUUUGUUGGUCUUGUUACACACUUUGCGUACUUUCAUUUGUCACAGUAGUGUGUACGUUUUUAUAAAAUAAAAAAUAAUAUCUAAA